UACAAAAGGCUGUUUCAGCAACUCACGUUUUUUUUUUUAACGACGUAUCACGUAUGCCCUUAAGCUUGUAAACAUUACAGAAACAAAGCAUACUCGCUCACUCUCAGAGUCUCAGUGCAACUGCCAACUCAGCAAAUAUUUCAAAAUUAUGUGAAAAAGAACUUAAAUCAUGGAGAAGCACAGCACAAUGUUAGGACAGAAUACCUUAAGAUAUUUUAGUUUGUUCAUCUUGACUUUACAGACCACUGUGACAGUACUGGCAAUGCGCUAUUCUCGCAAACAGACAGAAGGAGGGAAAGAGUUAUACAUUGCCACAACUUUGAUUCUUGUUUCAGAGUUAAUCAAAUUUGUAUUCUGUCUAAUUCUGCUCCUCGUCCAGAAAUCUUGCUCAGUGAAACACCUUUUCAAAGCGCUAGUGUCUGAAGUUAUUUACAAGCCAUCUGAAACCGCCAAACUUGCCAUUCCUAGUUCAUUGUACACAAUUCAAAACAACUUGAUUUUGUUGGCACUGUCCUCCCUUGAUGCGGCAACUUUUCAAGUUACUUAUCAAUUGAAAAUUUUGACUACAGCCUUUUUUUCUGUGUUGCUACUACGCAAAGAAAUUAAGGCAUUUCAAUGGUUGGCUCUCUUAAUUUUAAUGGGUGGUGUUGUGCUAGUUCAGUUCCCCUCUGAUGGGAAACAAACAGAAGCUAACAAAGCUUUAAGCAACCCGCACAAACAUUUGAUUGGUAUGUUAGCAGUAAUUGCCUCAUCUCUAUCAAGUGGAUUUGCUGGUGUCUACUAUGAGAAGCUCUUAAAGGAAAGUGCACAGCCAUCUGUAAUCAUUCGAAAUAUUCAGCUAGGAAUUUUUUCAAUUGUUUUUGGAGCUGCUGGAGUUAUUAUAAACGAUUGGGAGAAAGUAGCCCAGCGUGGGUUUUUCGAUGGAUAUACUCCUGUCGUUUGGCUCGUUAUUAUGCUCCAGGCAAUGGGUGGUUUGGUUGUAGCGGCUGUUAUCAAAUAUGCUGACAACAUUUUAAAAGGCUUCGCGACGUCCGUCUCUAUCAUUUUAUCUUGUCUCUGUUCCUACGUCUUCCUCCACGACUUAAACCUAGAUUUGACCUUUGUUCUUGGAACCGGACUAGUCAUCCUGGCAACUUUUAUAUACGGAAUUCAGUCACAUCAUGCGCCAUUCGUUAGCAGUAGUAGCAGCACAAACAGCACCCUCGUCGAUGAAGACGAAAGCGAUGAUAUUAGUCGUUCGUCGUACGUCAAGGUAAAUAACGAUCGAACUUAUCAAAAGCUUUCCAGCACAAUUUAAACCUCGUCCAGUCGGAUUUCAUGUAUGGUUGCCGCUAAAGUGUUCGUUUACAGUACGUCCCCUUUGUUAUUUAAUUAUUUAAUUGAACUUUCUUAGCUCGUAACGUAAAGCUCAAACCAAGCCCUCGAUUUUUCACAUCUGAUUCCCUGUUUGUGGUAUUAUUGUAACGUUUUUUUUAUCUAAAAAUUCGGAUUUGUUUAUAGUAAGUCCCUUCCCUCCACAUCAAAAGUAUUUGUAUUUUUUUUUCCUUUUUUUAAGUUUUGUCUUAGUUGAUUUUUUUGCGAUUAAUGCAAUAAAUGCAAUAAAUGUUUAGUUUAAAUUCCACCUAAGCUAAUUAUCUUAGAAACAUAAUUGAACAAAUUUGUUUCCAUUAAGUGGAUUUUAAAUUAUUUCUUUAUCGAACCGGAAAAAUGUCAUAAUUUUGUUUUCUGUUGCGAUAGCGCUAAAAAGAACUCGUGAAUCUAAUGAAUGAAUGAGUGGGUAUAACGCGGUGGCACCAAUAUUAAUUAAUGAGUUAUCAAAUAGUUUAUAUCUGUAAUUCACGUAUUAUUUUCCUGGCUAUUCCGCGUAUUUCCUACCAGUUUUUUCGGGUUCAGGCGAUUGACCAUAUAACAUACCUUUUUAAACUAACCCAAAAUCCUUACUCCCAUUAUUCCGAUCCAAAAUUUUUUCACGAAAUCACUUCAUCCGUAAAAAAAGGCUUUGGCACAACACAUCGCAUCACACAUGUUGUCGAUGAUUUCCGUUGAGUACCUACUCCCUAAUCAACGCCGUUGGUCCUUUGAAAAUUUCGAAUUCCUCAUAUUAUUUUUAUUCACUAGGUUGAGAAACCCAAAAUGUUAUGAUGUUUGACAAGUGCGGCAUCAACGCGAUCCACAAUCAGCCAACGCCUUAGUCGAACAAUUCGCCGCUAAUUGGUGCAAAGUACGGUAGUCUUUACUUAAUCUAUAUAUUGAAAUUUUAUCGAACAACUUCUGGUUAGCUUUAAAUUAAUGACAAUAAAAUGGGGAUAUUUUAAAGAAGAAA